GCCUAUGGGGGCGCGGCGCCGCCGCCGGAGCGCCGGCAGCCCCUCCCCGCCGCUGCCUGCAGGAGUGGGAAUAAAGACAGAUAGCGGGGCAGGCACCGGCCGGGCGGGCGGGACGGAGCGCGCACAAAGUUUCCUGCGGAGCCCGCGGGCGGCGGCAGCGAUGCCCGUGCUGCGCGGAGCACUGGGGCUGCGCGGGCGCCGCCGGCCUUAGGGGAGCGAGAGCGGCGCGGGGCGCGGCAGCGAGCCCCCGGCCCGUCCUCUCCUCCGGGCGGCCAGGAGGAAGCGCCCCGGGCAGGGACGGGAGAGCGGCACUGCCGGAGCGCGGGGAGGGGGACCGGCACCGCGGGGCCAGCCGCGCCGGCGGAGCCGGGGGGAAAGAUGAGCUUGUUGUCAACCAUCGACACCAGCGCCGCGCCCGUGUACCAGCCCGCCCAGCUCCUCAACUGGGUCUAUCUCUCGCUGCAAGACACGCACCAGGCCAGCGCCUUCGAUGCCUUCAGACCCGAGCCCUCCUCGUCCCAGCACCCCGACCUCGGCUACACCAAGAGCACCCCGGAGCUGGGCUCGUCACUCAGCUCCAGCUAUCUCAACAGCUUCUUCCAGCUCCAGCGGAGCGAGGCCCUGAGCAGCAGUCUCUACAAGAGUGCAUCACCUUAUGGCUCUCUUAAUAACAUUGUGGAUGGGUUAAGCUCCCUCACCGAGCAUUUCUCUGACCUAUCCCUUUCUUCAGAAGCCAGAAAACCCAGCAAGAGGCCACCUCCUAACUACCUGUGCCACCUCUGCUUUAACAAGGGACACUACAUCAAAGACUGCCCCCAGGCUCGUCCAAAAGGAGAAGGCCUCACACCAUACCAGGGCAAGAAACGCUGCUUUGGUGAAUACAAGUGCCCAAAAUGCAAGAGAAAAUGGAUGAGUGGAAACUCCUGGGCUAACAUGGGACAAGAAUGUAUCAAGUGCCACAUUAAUGUUUAUCCUCACAAACAGAGACCCCUGGAAAAGCCGGAUGGCCUGGAUGUGUCAGACCAGAGCAAAGAACAUCCUCAGCAUCUGUGUGAGAAGUGCAAAGUUUUGGGCUACUACUGCCGCCGUGUGCAAUAAACCUUCAAAGUGGCCUCUUCCCAUCCCCAUCAUCCUUAGAGAUUCUCUGGCAGCAUGCGAUCAACAGCAGCACAACAGAUCAAGAUAAAAGCUAAAAGAAUUGCCAAUAUUGCCUAUCUAAUAAUAUGCCUUACCAUUAAUAGAAUGUAACAUUUCUCCUGUGCAUGUGCAUGCAUGCAAUAGGUAUUUACAGGACUAUGAUUUGUAUACAUAUAUAUGUAAAUUGAUAUAUGUACACAUAUAAGGUGUUACUGAUGACGUUCACUACAGAACUACAGUUACAGGUUCUGCUGAUUGUUUACACAGACCCUAUAUCACAGCCAGGUGAAAUGAAGUACUUUUCAAAAGGCAAGGAAUAAUAUUCAAAAGGAAUAUUUGUUACAUGUAUGGCUUUUGCAGAGAUUCAGUAACUGUGGGGCCACUAAUUGUAAGCACUCACCCACAACACAAUCACUAUUCUUAUUAUAUGACAAGACAAAGGAAGAUGAAACAAGCCACCGCAUAAAAGGGGAAUUACUGCUUUCCCAGUUUUUAGAAAGUCUUAAGAGUUUUGUGCUGCUGAUUUCUUGGACUUUUUUCUACUUGUUACCAUCUCUUGGGCAGGGCUUAGGCAAAAUAAUUUUUGCAGGACAUGGGAAAAAAGUGAAAAAUUGUUUGAGGGGUGUGGGUUGGGUAGGAAGGGAAUGCCAUAAGAUUCCAAGAGGUGUUUGGAGGAGACAAAAUUGUCUUGCUUAUGCAACUACCAGAUCCUUCUCUUGUCAUAUAAACCCAUUGACAUGGUCCCUUCUAUGUGCAUUAGGCCACAAGCACACUAAAUUUACUAUGAAUAAGGGGAUAAGAAUACUUAAACUGACCCCAAUACCCUUAACUGAAAGAUUAGCCAAACUUACUAUUUAUAGUAGUUUAAAAGCCACUUUCUGGAAAUAUUUUUAUGUCCUGUUUUCUACUAUAGAAAUUUGUUAUACUAUGAAACAUGUUAGCCAUAGGGGUGUUUUAAGGCAUGGAGAACACUCUAUAUAUAACCCUCUUUCUUUAUGUCUUCCUCAAGAAGACCCAUAUACCUGGGUAGAAAUUUAGGAAUUAUAUUUCAUUGUCCCAUUUCAGGUAGAACUUUGCACAGGGACAGCCUGCUGCAAAGAACAUCUCGUCAGGGAUUGGCAAAUAUAAACUGAAAGUACCUCGAGAUAGUAUCCUGUUUGUAUGGCUACGUGAGAGUACAUUGGCAACAGGACACAACAAGCAAUUAAUUUGUAGCAUUCACUAAAAAAAUUAGAUGAAUGUUUGAGGUGGGGGGAGGGGGGUUUACAUCAGCAAUUUACGUUUUUAUGAAGUUUCCUUUAGGGAGAUUGAUUUGUGUGAAUGAUACUUAGAGAAAACUUUAAAUCCUAAAUAACUUGAUGUGAACUAAAUGUGUUCUGAGGACUAGUUCUGUAAUGCAAAGACAGUGGGGGGUUUAUGCCAAGUGAUAGCAGGGUGUUACCAGUAUGUCAAGACAAGCUCUUAUAAAGAAAGUGGAAAACUUAUCACGAGCAUUCACCUGCUUUGCUAUAAGCAGGGCAAAAUUGCAUCUGCUUGUUUGGUGGGAGUGGCAGGUACAUCUCUUGCAAAUGCCAUUAUUUAUGGGCAGCCUGAGUGCCCCAGCCUGUUGCUCACAGCAAUGGAUAAGCAUCCUGACUCCUGGCUUCUGACCACAGCUCUCCCAUAGCUCCCUGAUUCUGGGCAAGUCACAAGAUCCUUCUGGACCUCAGUUUCCCCAGCUGCAAAAAGGGGGUAAUAAUACUUUAGCAUACCUACCUCACAAGAGAGUUGUGAGGUUUACUUAAUAUCUCUUAAGUGUUUUGGCAUCACUGGAUGAAAAGUGCUAUGUAAUGCUAAAAUAGAAUUAACUAAAUUAAUCACUUGGAAACUACUUUCGCCCAGUUAGCAACUCCAACUAAAAUAGCUGAAAAUAAUGUUAUUGAAAGUAACGCUAAUAAACAGUUCAGUUGCCUUAGUGAAGAUAUGCAGUUUUAGCAUUUUGAAAUGCAAACACAUUCUUUUGCACAGAUUCACAAAUUAACUUAGAGACAAAUGCUCUCAACAAAGAUACUAAUCUGUCUAUACAAAUAAGAAAAUACACAAGCAAAUCUAGGGGUGGAUUUUCUAAGCUUGACCUCUAGGAUUAAUCUCAAUAGUUUGUUUCAAGCAUGAGUAAUUUUGAAAGAGCAGCUUUUUAAACCAGAUCUAUUUUUUCCUCUUGAGCACUUAAUAGUACAGGAACAAAGAAAAAAAAAAAAAAGACCUAGAUGGUUCACAUCUAGCUAAAGAACAUGUAGAAAAACCCCUUAGAUGAAGAUAAGGGAAAACAUUAUUUUAUUUUCUUCCUGAAACUAAGGUGUUGCUAUCAAACAUUUUGUUCAGCACGGAAAUAAUCUCCCUGUUAUGAUAACCACUAAAACCAGUAAAAUAGCACAACUCUUGAUAUAGCUGUAUCACUAUAUCACACACCAGCAGGUUCUGACAAAAAGCUGACUAAAAGAUGCCAUUAUAAGCAUUGGUAUUUUCAUGACAGUGCCCUAUUAAGAAUUGUUUAUCCAGAUUCAACACUGCAAGGCAAUGCCUUUAGCUUAUGGAUUUGUAGAUUGUACUAAAAAUACACGUGAUCUACUUUAACACGAUGUCUAUAGGUGUAGCAUAAUAAUUCUUGAGAGCACACUUCUGAGAGUUCAGUAUUUAUAUUACUCAUGUGUUCCUAGGCAGAAGACAUAUAAAGUAUUUAAGUGAUACUUAGCACACCUGUAACAAAGAGGAGAGCAGAUUUCCCCCUGCCCUGGCGCUGGGGGAAAGCAGAUGAAGAGCACAAGGUGUGGAAAAGCAAGGGGGGACACUGCCGUGGUUUGUGCUGCCCAAGGCGGAGGCACAGAUCCGGCGGUGCGGGUGGCAGCGGGCACCUGGUCCCUGCACAGGCUGAACCCCUCCCUAAAGCCGGCCCGGGCAGGGCAGCAGCACCGAGCUUGGCCGGGGGAGGAUCCCUCCAUCCUUCCCGCAUGGCCUGGCUGCCGGAUUGGAGCUUCGGGCCCGAGCAUUCGCUCCACACUCGAGUCUGUGCAGUGGGAGUUGCUGGAAAAACACAUCCACAUAAUUGUGGAUAACAGCUUAUGACCAUUGGCUUUUAGUUAGUGGCACAGAAGGGACAUUUCUGAAUCCUUAUUUCAAAGGAAAGAAAGGACAAAGGAUUGAUUACAAAAUAUAGAUUACUUCUACUCCCUCCCUCCCCACCCAAAGGUAAUUCACCUAUAGAUGUAACCAGCUCUCUCCAAACCAGAAAAAAAAUCUAAAGGUGCAGAUUUUUGACUGGAAAACUGAGGAAUUGAUUUAUCUUUUAAAAUUUAGUGACUGCUUUCUGAUGUUCUCUAACUAGCUCCGCAUUGAGAGCAUCAGCUAGCAAUCAGUUGAAGGCAUUAGUAGACAGUAUUGGCAGGAGUGAAGCAAGCAUCAAUAAAAAGAGUUUUAAAUCAAUACAGGCCUCCCUAAACUGAGUAUUCUUUAGGGCUGUACCUCAGAGCAGUUUGGCUUUGUGCAGGUAUUUGGCAAACUGGAUUUUCAACCUCAGAUGUUUACUGUUGACAGCCCACCAAUAUAGCCUGUCCUAUUCUUUUUUUUUUUUUUAAUUUUCACCUUAUUUGAGAUUUUUUUAAACUUCCAUUUAUUUCUUUAAAACCAACAACAAAAAACAAUCAAAAAAUAAACACCCCACAAUUUGUUUCACGAGUUGGUCAUAACAUUUCAUAUCGAAUUUGGCAUUGGCAUGCCUCUGGAAAAAUGUUUGAGUAAUUUAAAAUGUGUGUCAUAGGUUUUUAGCUGCUUUAACCUAAUGAGGCUACAAUGAAGUUAUUACAAAUAGUUCAUUUAAAGGUGAUGAAGAAAUAUCCUAGUAGUUUAAAGGAUGGCCCCAUUUUAGCCAGUUCCUACUGCUGCUACCACAGAUGUAAAAUGAAACCACACAAGCAAAGUUUGAGGCAUUUUUGUCUCAAAGUUGCUAUUUAAUGUCAGAUAAAUACACAAGAGUAUAUAUUAUUUCUGAAAAUAGGUGUAUUUUGAAGUUCCCCAUUAUAUGGGACUUAGUUUUUAAACUAAAAAUGUGAAGUUACAUAUGUCUGAGAGAAGCCUUAUACCUAGAAGUAUUAUCUACAUUUUACCUUUUUAUAUAACAUGAAAUUUAGAUUAUACAUGGAUUUUAUACCUGUGACACUCUAGCAUUUUUUUAAAAAAAAACCCAAAACGUACUUAAAACAUUAAAAGUUUAGAGCUUUUGGAUAUGUCAGACUCCAUAGUCUAGUCAUCUUUGUCCUGCAGUCACACAGAAGAUUUUUUUUUUUGUCCUAUUCUGGAUCCUAAGCGUUGUCCACUGAACAGUAAGCAAUAAAUCAUCAACACAUGUUUUUCAAGUUAAGCAGAUAAACAUGUAUUUUCCACUUGCCUUUGCCAACAUAUUUUAAAAUGUGAUUGAACUAUCCCCAUAGAAAAAUCAUUCUUUCAGAUAUCACUCCACUCCCAACUGGGCUUCCACACAUAUCUCUUUCUUAUCUGCAAAACCAGUGCUGUCCAUUGAGUUUGCUGUAUCGCUCAAGUGCUCAGAGGGCUGUUUGAGAUCUUAGAUAUAGGGAUGAUGGAUUGUGUUUCUAGGAUGAAUUUCAAAGGGACAAUCGUGUGCAGUUACUAGCUAUAGAUGAUUGAUAUAAAUGUUUACCCCUGUAUGAAGUAUUUUACAGUUUUACUUGCAGAUGUGUAUUUAUCUUGAGUUAUACUUGACAUAGAGUUUCUUUCAAUUUUUUUUUUAAUACUAUGUGUGUAUUUUGGAAACCUUUUUAGAUGUUAAAAUUUUUGAAUGGUUACAAAUAUUUCUUAUAAUACUGAAUUGUUAUCUGGAAACUCUUUGCAGUAACUUUUUUGUAUAUAUUUGAGGGCCUUUUUAAAAAAGUAUUGUUUGUUUUUUGGGCAAAGUUUUUACAAUUGGGAAGCUUUCAGAAGGGCCUUCCUCUCAACUAGGAUACUAACAGAGGUAAGAGUUUUCUUAAGUAUUUUGCAGUAUUUUGCAGAACUAAGGAUGUAUCCUCAAGAAAAUAUUUAUGGAAAUAAUUUACUUUUUUUUUUACAAUGCUUUUGUCUGUAUAAAGUAUGCAACAGAACUACAUUAAGAAGGAAAUAUUGUCUACAUAAAAUAUUAUAUGAAAGUUGGUACAUAAUUCUGACAAAAAACCUUGCAAUUCUUUAAGCCAUAUUGUUUUUGUUAUCCUUGGAUGAAAAUAUCAGUAUUAAGUAACCAGUGUAUUAUUCAAGUGCUUAGACUUAUAUGAAAAUGCUUAUACGGUUUAUUUAUGUGUAUUUGGGGAACGAGUGCUAGAAAAGCUAUCACUAGACAUGUAGCAAGUGAGGAGCAAAUAACAGUAUACUGUCACUUUAUGGCCUUGUGAGAGACACAAAGGUGUUGGGAGCACCGUGGAGACUCAGCUUCCAGAAACUCCGAAGCACAAGUGGUGGGUUUCAAAUGGUGGCUCUUUCCUUCCCCAUAACUAGAGGGGAAGAAAGUUGGUUGGGACACUGUUUAACUUGACUUUCACAACUCUUUGCAGACUGUGAGCUCAGCUAUGCAGUAUCAUCUACAGCAAUAAUAUCAAUCAAAGGAUGUAAGAGAAAAGGAUUGAAGUAGAUUAUUGUAGGGGUUUACGUUUAUUUUAAUUAGAACUCAUAGCAAUAUAGAAUAUGCAUGUGCACGUAUUCAAAGCAUUUUACACUUUACAUUUCAUGUAGUUUGAUUAUAUUAUGAAGGAUUGAGUUUUUAGUUUGAUAUUUUACCAUGCUAAAAUGGGAGGUCUGCCCAGCCCUAUACUGGAUUCUUGUUUCCUUUAAAAGGUUAUUUAGUACAGCACUCACUGCAUUGUGUAAUAGUGCUAAAACUAACACUAUUGUAUGAAUUUCUUCAGCUUUAAAAAAAAUUAGCCUAACGAUUAUUACAUUUGUUUAACUGUACUUACUGACCUUGUCAGAUUCAGUUGGCAAAUUGUGUAAUUUCUUUUUCUGUAACUGUUAAUAAACUUGUACAGCUAAAACAAACAAAACCUAUGGACAAAGGCCUCAGAGGUACCAGUUCUGUUUCAGCAAUCAAGAUGACACCCUGCUGAUCGGGUGUCUGUGUUGCUACUGAGACUGUAAAACCUCUGUUGUGGAUUGUCCAUAAAAUGGCAUUCCGACAUGUGCCUUAUUUGCUGGAUAGUAUACAGCUUUCCUCUAGUAUUCUAGCAUUUUAAUGCUGUAUUAAAGUAUUGCAAAAAACCCA